AAAACUGGGGAAUCGGAGCUUUCGAAUUUAGCGCCGAGUUUACGUGACGUCACGGGCCAAGAUGGCGGGGGCCCCGGAGCUUCCGAACAGGUUGGAGUUUAAAUUGACUGUCCCGUUCCCUUCGGAGAAGUUGGCGUGGAUUGCGCAGAGGUCGCUAUCGCCAGAUCCGGAGCCCCGGAAAGGUGGCAUUAGCAAACACGUUUCGGUGACGGACAGCAUCCUGAAUGUGUCAUGGAUGGCAGAUGAAGCUCGAAUCCUGCGUGUUUCAGUCAGCUCCUUCCUGGAUCACUUGGCUCUUGUAUUGGAAACCAUGGAAGCUUUUGGCCCUCCUUCAGUCUCUGGAUUAAAAUAAUAAUUUUUUUUUAAUGGAAAUAAUUACAUACUGCAUAUGAUUUUAAUUUUAUCUACAUAUUCUACAGCAUGCAUUUCUGUUGUGUACCCUUAUUUUAUUUUCCUUCAGAGUAAUUUGAAUUUGCAUGCUGUAUUAGAGACUCAUGGUGAAACUAUGCAUGAGAAAGAAAAAAAAAAGAA